GUUCUCGUGUCUGCUUAAAAUCAUAUGCUGUGUUAAGAUAAAGUGCUACAAAUUAGUCUGAGUCGGUGUUGAGUGAGCUUAAAAUAGUAUUUCUAUAAUUAUUUAGUGUUAUUGUUGUGGUUUGCAUGUGAUGCCAAAACGUAGCGACAACAGACAGGUGGGAGCGGGCAGCGGGCAAGCCGCGAGGUUUAUGUAACGCGAGGGCGCGUUAGUGCGCGGCGGCAGUCGGCAGUCGGGGCACAGCGCGCCAUGGACCGGGCGAGCGGCAGCCCGCCGCCCAGCCCCCCCGCGCAGACCGGCUUCAGCGCCUUCUGCAGCGCGCUCUCUGACACGCUCUCGGGAAUGGCUACCACGUCGAGAAGCAGAAGAAAACAGGAAGAUGAGAAAAAGAAUAAGAAGAAACAGUCGCCGGUGGACGACCGGCCCGUAGUCCCCGCACCCAGUGAAGCUAUGCUCAACAAUCUACGCACGGCUUUCGGCCUGCUGGACCGCGACAGCGACGGCCACGUGACUCCAGCCGAGCUGCAGUUCAUGCUGCGCAACCUCGGCAUCACCGUCAGCGACGACCUCAUCGCUGAACUCAUUAAGGACGCCAGUAAAACUGGUAACGGUCUAAUAGACGAGAAUGACUUCAUGCAGUGGGUGACGAAGAUACAGGCGCUACAAGGGCUGGACGUCACGACGAGCGGCGGCGACUCUGAAGAGGAGAUCACACGAGAUCUACUCGCAGCAUUUAAGGUGUUCGACCGCGAUGACAACGGGUAUAUAACGCGGGACGAGCUUCGAGCAGCGUUGGAGAUGAUAGGCGAACCAGUUACAGACGCGCAGCUGAAUCAAGUCCUGGCACUCGGAGACAUCGACCAUGAUGGCAGGAUUGAUUAUGAAGAAUUUGUGAAGAUGCUGUUGUAACCUGUACCUCGCUGAACAAGACCUCACUAGUUAUAAUGUAGCGUAAAGAUGGACGGUCGGCGUCGAGUGGUACUGAUCUGAUUGCGAGAGGCGGGCGCGGCAACGAUACCCUCACGAUUGCGGUAGUAUAAUUACUACCAAGUAGGUAUGGCACCCACUCACAGCCAUCAUGGAAGUACUUAACAGUCGGCAAAUGUUGAAAUUGUUGUACAUAGGAAUAAUUUUGUAAUUAAUAAAAUAACAAAUAAUCUGUAGUUACUAAUUUAGGAUAUUAAUGUUACCGAUGUAUAAUUAAAUAUAUAUUUUGCAUACGUAAUUUGUUUAUCGAAUAUUAUAAUACUUAUGUAAUAAAUGGCCUAAGUAAAACACGAUCUAUAUUUUUUAAUAAAAGACAUCAAAACAUGGCUAAAGCUAUGUAUUUAUGUAUACUUGUGAACAGUUAAAUAUAAAGAGAACUUCAGUACAAAUAUUUCUAUUUAUUUCUCUGCUGAAUUUUAAACAUUUGUAAAAAAUACUAUUUAUCUACUCUUAGCUUAAGACCGUAGCAAUUUAGUGUACCUAUUAUUUAUCGAAAUACCAACGUAUACCUAAAUUCAUUACGAUUAUUUCUUUAAAAAAGAAUACCAGACAUCCAUCUAUAAUAUCCAAAAAUACUUUUUGAAUAGUUUUCAUCGAAAGUUUGAAUGCAAUGUCUACUUACAAGAAUAUUAAUAAAAAUAAUAUUGUAAUUUUAUGGUUGUGAAUGAUAAGUUACAAUUGAUUGUUAUACUUAUGAAUUAAAGUGGUAUGAGUAUUGA